AUGGAUAUAAUUAAUCCUUAUCUGUCCUGGCCGUGUUCGUUGGAGAGGAGGGAGUACUACCUCUAUUUCGUGCGAUCUUUCUCCUUCGCUUGCCGCGCCAAGGCAGGAAACCACGGCGGCCUCGUUCGCCGCGCCCUUUCUUCCAAGGCGGGGGGAAGCUCCGUCCGCGGCGAUCUCCCCGCCGUGCUCAGCCACGUUCGCGAGGGUGGGAGCGGGUGCGUCCAGAAGGAUCCGUAUCCCCUAUCGGAGGCGGCCACUAAGCUAAAUGCACUGCUCGAUGAAAUCAAGAGAAAGAAGCUCGACACCGUGCCGUGGGUAAUGGUGAUCAAAACCAUCGUGAACUUUGAGAUUGUUCGGAGGGAGAUCCACUUCAGAAACAUCCGUCGAUCGUGGGGCAUUACCGCUGUUAUUCUUGCUGGUUACUUUGGUGGAUAUGCGAUGGAAGAGGAGAAGAACAGGAAGAGGACGCAAGCUAUGGUGAAUUAAGAGGUCUAUGAGUAAGUUCAAUGGUAUAGCUAACUACUGACUCCAAAUCAUCUAUAGCUAAUCUAACAGUCAAUUCAUACAACAGGUACUUACAAAACAUAUACUAUUAUAUUCUACCUGUCAUACACACUACGUCUUAUAGUCCGUGCUAUAGCCGGCUACAAAUCUAUAGUCCAUUGCUCUUCUCUCUUAUCUCUUUAUCUCAUUAAAAUAUGUUUAGAGUCAACUUAUAGUUUGCUAUUGUACCUGCUCUUACAUGUUGAUAUGACACAUAAUCUAAGGCGUCCCGUUUG